AUGUCUAGAACAGUAGCAUUGAACAACGGCAUGAAGAUGCCCCUUGUCGGGCUGGGAUGCUGGAAGAUCCCCAACGAGGUGUGUGCUUCGCAAGUGUACGAAGCCAUCAAGAUCGGGUACAGACUGUUUGACGGCGCUCAGGACUACGGCAACGAGAAGGAGGUUGGCGAGGGCAUCAGGAAGGCGAUUCAGGAGGGACUGGUCAAACGUGAGGAGUUGUUUGUUGUGUCGAAGCUGUGGAACAGCUUCCACCACCCACGGAACGUGAAGAAGGCGUUGCAGAGGACGUUGGACGACAUGCAGCUGGACUACCUGGAUCUGUUCUACAUCCACUUUCCCAUUGCCCAGGCGUUUGUUCCCUUCGAGGAGAAGUAUCCACCGGGGCUGUACACUGGGGCCCAGGACGAGAAGGAGGGCGUGAUGUCGCAGGAGAGCGUCCCGAUCAUCGACACGUACCGGGCCCUGGAGGCGCUGGUCGACGAGGGGCUGAUCAGGUCGAUCGGGAUCUCCAACUUCUCGGCAGCGCUGGUGAUGGACCUGCUGCGUGGCUGCAGGAUCAGGCCCGUGGCGCUGCAGAUCGAGCACCACCCGUACUUGACGCAGGAAAGGCUCGUGAGCUACGUGAAGCAGCAGGGCAUCCAGAUCGUCGCCUACUCGUCGUUCGGCCCGCAGUCGUUCCUCGAGAUGGACUCCGAGCUGGCCAGGUCGACGCCUCCGCUGUUCGAGAACCACACCGUGGUCGACAUCGCGGCCAACCACGGCCCAGAGGUGUCGCCCUCGCAGGUGUUGCUGAGAUGGGCCACCCAGAGGGACAUCGCCGUGAUCCCCAAGUCCUCCAAGCAAGAAAGGCUCGCCCAGAAUCUCAAGAUCGACGAGAUGCUGACGCUGAGCGACCAAGAGCUCGCACAGGUCUCGUCGCUGAACAAGAACAUCAGAUUCAACGAUCCAUACACCUGGUCCAGCAGGACCCCGUUCCCAAUCUUCGACUAG